UCCUUUCCCGCGAUGUCUCACGCCACGGUCCUUCUUACUGUUUUUCAGCUGUCACGACCGGAGAGGGGACUCGCAGCCUUUCCAGGCACUUAAGUAUUCGUCAAAGAGUCACCCCAGUAGUGGUGAUCACAGACAUGAAAAGAUGCGAGACGCCGCAGAUCCUUCACCACCAAAUAAAAUGUUGCGGAGAUCUGAUAGUCCUGAAAACAAAUACAGUGACAGCACAGGUCACAAUAAGGCCAAAAAUGUGCACACUCAAAGAGUUAGAGAAAGAGAAGGUGGGACCAGUUACUCUCCACAAGAAAAUUCACACAACCACAGUGCUCUUCAUAGUUCAAAUUCACAUUCUUCUAAUCCAAGCAAUAAUCCAAGCAAAACUUCAGAUGCACCUUAUGAUUCUGCAGAUGACUGGUCUGAACAUAUUAGCUCUUCUGGAAAAAAAUACUACUACAAUUGUCGCACAGAAGUUUCACAGUGGGAAAAACCAAAAGAGUGGCUUGAAAGAGAACAGAGACAAAAAGAAGCAAAUAAGUUGGCAGUUAAUAGUUUCCCAAAAGAUAGGGAUUACAGAAGAGAGGUGAUGCAAGCGACAGCCACUAGUGGGUUCACCAGUGGAAUGGAAGACAAGCAUUCCGGCGAUGCCAGUAGUUUGCUCCCACAGAACAUUUUGUCUCAGACAAGCAGACACAAUGACAAAGACUACAGACUGCCAAGAGCAGAGACUCACAGUAGCUCUGCGCCAGUACAGCACCCCAUCAAACCAGUGGUUCAUCCAACCGCUACCCCCAGCACUAUUCCUUCUAGUCCAUUUACGCUUCAAUCUGAUCACCAGCCAAAGAAAUCAUUUGAUGCUAAUGGAGCAUCUGCUUUAUCCAAACUGCCUACACCCACAGCUUCUGUCCCUGCACAGAAAACAGAGAGAAAAGGUAUGCUGUUAUUACUAGAUGCUGCACCCCAGCCAUCUAAUCAAUCUCCGAUGUCUCUAACGUCUGAUGCUUCAUCCCCAAGAUCCUAUGUGUCUCCAAGAAUAAGCACACCUCAAACUAACACAGUCCCUAUCAAACCUUUGAUUAGUACUCCACCUGUUUCGUCACAGCCAAAGGUUCUUACAGCAGCUGUAACACAAGCUUCCCUGCAGUCUAUCAUCCACAAGUUUCUUACUGCUGGACCAUCUGCUUUCAACAUCACCUCUCUGAUUUCUCAAGCUGCCCAGCUCUCUACACAAGCCCAGCCAUCUAAUCAAUCUCCGAUGUCUCUAACGUCUGAUGCUUCAUCCCCAAGAUCCUAUGUGUCUCCAAGAAUAAGCACACCUCAAACUAACACAGUCCCUAUCAAACCUUUGAUUAGUACUCCACCUGUUUCGUCACAGCCAAAGGUUAGUACUCCAGUAGUUAAGCAAGGGCCAGUGUCACAGUCGGCCACACAGCAGCCUGUAACUGCUGAUAAGCAGCAGAGUCACGAGCCUGUCUCUCCUCGAAGUCUUCAGCGCUUAAGCAGCCAGAGAAGUCCAUCACCUGGUCCAAAUCAUACUUCCAGUAGUAAUGCAUCAAAUGCAACAAUUGUACCACAGAAUACGUCUGCUCGGCCUGCGUGUUCAUUAACACCUACGCUAGCAGCACACUUCAAUGAUAAUCUCAUAAAACACGUUCAGGGGUGGCCUGCAGACCAUGCAGAGAAACAGGCAUCAAGAUUGCGUGAAGAAGCCCAUAAUAUGGGAAGUGUUCAUAUGUCAGAAAUAUGUACUGAAUUAAAAAAUUUGAGAUCUCUAGUUCGAGUAUGUGAAAUUCAAGCAACCUUGCGAGAGCAGAGGAUACUGUUUUUGAGACAACAAAUUAAGGAACUCGAAAAGCUAAAAUCAGAAUUCCUUUAUGGUUUGAAGAUGUGAAUAAUGGCACAUGGAAUCCUACAGGAACUGUAAAUCUAUUGCCCAGUCAUAACAUUUUGAGCUGCAUUUAAGUAGACUGUGGACCGUUAAGCUGGGCAAAUGAAAUGACAAGGGGACGGGGGUCUGUGAGAGUCAAUUCAGGGGAAAGAUACAAGAUUGAUCUGUAAAACCCUUGAAAUGUAGAUUUCUUGUAGAUGUAUCUUCACGUUGUAAAUAUGUUUUGUAGAGUGAAGCCAUGGGAAGCCAUGUGUAACAGAGCUUAGACAUCCGAAACUAAUCAAUGCUGAGGUGGCUAAAUACCUAGCCUUUUACAUGGAAACCUGUCUGCAAAAUUAGCUUUUUUAAAAAAAGAAAAAAAUUUGGGGGGUUAAUUUAUCAUUCAGAAAUCUUGCAUUUUCCAAAAUCCAGUGCAAGCGCCAGGCGAUUUGUGUCUAAGGAUACAACUUUGAGCAGUGUACAGAUAUCAUGAGACAACUGUUCCGCACUUGCACCUGAUCAAGAGCAGUGCUGCUCCAUUUGUUUUACAAAGAAAUGUUUUCAUUUCCUGUAUGUUCCAUUCCCUCAGAAGUCCUUGGCCUGAUUUUAUCCAUUUUUAAGGUGCCCCUUCUCCUUUCUAGGGCACUGUUGCUGUGGCACUUUUCUAUCACCUUCUCAUUCCUGUGUACAGUAGCUGGAAGUUGCAGUGAUCGAGCAUAACCCACAUGUUUGUAUAAAUUAUUGAAAUCCAUUUGCACCCUGUAAGAAUGGACUUAAAAGUACUGCUGGGCAAGUGUGCUGAAAGUACAUUGACUGCUCAAGUAUAAGGAAGUGGCCCAAUGAACAUGGUUGUGGGAGGGGAAGAGGAAACAGAGCUAGUCAGAUGUGAAUUGUAUCUGUUGUAAUAAACAUGUUUAAACAAAUACAUUUUGUUACUUUCUUUUCCUUCGGUCAGUGCAUAUUAGAAAUUGAACUACAUGGGGAUUCUUUAUCAAAACUUCUUGUUGAAUAUUUAUAUCUUAUUACAGUAAUUCCUUAAAGGGAGGUUUUGUUUAAGGCAUAUUAACAAUAAAUUGUGCAAAAGAUAUUUAAUGAAUGUGAAAUUCAACAAGAAUGAUGAAGUCACUUCCCAAGUGGUAUCAUUUGUUCAACCUGGUUUUCCUGUCUUGCUAUUAUGACACUUCAUUUUGAAGGAUGUUUGUGUUGUAGCUAACUGUUCAAGUCUGGUGCUGACUGCUUUUUCUUAGCCAUCACAAAAUGCUCAGUUUGUGUAAUCAGAGUUUCCUGCUGUUACACAGAAAUGGUGGGGAAGCUCAGCUUUGUAUAUUGUUUCCUAAAGUAUAUUAAAAUAAAAAAGAAACUAUUGCUACUAUAAAA